AAGACGGCAUGGCGCCAAAGGCUCCAGAGUCACAACACGCUAUGGGCGUCAUCGUUUGACUUUGAAAUGCGUUUGUUUUCUCAUUUCCAUUCUCAUUUCCUUUCUCAAUUCCUCCGUCAACCACCGUGAUAAUGUCGACAAUCCGCCUGGGAACCGCCUCUCCGGGCACGCAGCCCACCACCGCAGCUACCAUUGAACUCAUCGACUCCAUCGCCCGCCGUGCGGCCUCGUCCAACAUCGACAUCCUGCUUCUCCCCGAGGCCUUCAUUGGCGGGUAUCCCCGCGGAAGCUCGUUUGGGUGUGCCAUCGGCGGUCGUUCAGAUGAUGGCCGCGAGGAGUUUGCCAAGUACUUUGACCAAGCCAUUGAUCUCGGCGACAAUGUUGGCCCUGGCGGGGGUGGUGCUGGGCUCAAGUGGGUGAAGCGACAGCUCAGCGAUGAUGAUGUUGUUCGUGGCGAUGGUUCACGUGAGGAGCUUGAACGGAUUGCCCGUGAGUCUGGCGUGUUUAUUGUGACUGGUUGUAUUGAAAAGACUGGAGGAAGUCUCUACUGCUCUGUCGUCUACGUGUGUCCCAAGGAGGGCAUGCUAGGCAAGCGUCGCAAGGUCCUACCAACCGGCUCGGAGCGCCUCAUAUGGGCUCAAGGAGCUCCCAGUACCCUCCGCGCAGUGUCCACCACGAUCCGCGGCGUCCGCAUCAACCUCGCUGCGGCCAUCUGCUGGGAAAACUACAUGCCGCUGCUUCGCCAAACGCUCUACUCCCAAAACAUCAACCUCUACCUGGCACCCACUGCCGACAAUCGCGAUGCGUGGCUGGGUCUUAUGCGCACCGUUGGUGUCGAAGGCCGCUGCUUCGUCGUGAGCAGCAACAUGGCGGUCCCCAAGGACGCCCCUACCGAAAACACCCGCCAGCCGCUUGCUCGGGGACGACGGGACUCGACCAUUACAGAAGAGGGUUUCGAGAUUGCGUUGCCUCGUUCGCCGCACCGGCCGCGCCGUCGCAAGUCGGUCUUUGAUGAGGAUGGCAACGAGAUUGUCCUGUGCAAGGAGGUCGAUGGCGAGACGCCGUCACUGUCGCCAACAUUCACCACAACCAUCCCCGAGAAAACCGAGUGGGUGUCGAGGGGCGGCUCCUCCAUUGUGACGCCGUUUGGUGAUGUUGUAGCUGGUCCUCAGUGGGAAGACCCCGAUGGUCUCAUCUUUGCAGAUGUUGAUUUCCGCGAUUGCAUUCGUGGUCGAUUGGAUCUAGAUGCGGGAGGGAGUUAUUCACGAAACGAUUCAUUCAAGUUGAGUGUCGAAGGAUUGGAUCUGGAUCCGCUACCAUACUAGUCAAUCAAUAU